UUUGCUUUUGGCCACCUCUCGUCGCGGGUCCACCUUUGGGAUCUGUUUGUUACACGAACCCUCGCAUUACAUCGUCUCUGGAAUAGUCUGUCAAGAUGGGUGGCGGAGACUUGAACAUGAAAAAGUCCUGGCACCCGCUCCUGUUGAAGAAUCAGGAGCGGGUCUGGCUUGAAGAGAAGAAGGCGCUUGAGGAGAAGAAGAAGCUCGACCAGCUCCGUAAGGAGAAAGAGGAAGAGCGGCAGUUGCAGGAGCUUCAACGACUGCAGGAAGAGUCGACGGGAAAGAAACGAGUCGAGAAGCUGGAUUGGAUGUAUGCUACUCCUGCAACUGGGAGUAGCCAGAACCAGAACGAACUGGAGGACUAUCUCCUGGGGAAGAAGCGCGUUGACAAGAUGCUCACGGCAGAUGAGAAUGCUAAGGUUGGCGCUGCCCACAAGAACUUCAUUGCCACCCAAUUUGCGAACACCUCAAGAGACACAGCUGCGAAGAUUCGGGAGGACCCGCUGUUUGCCAUAAAGCAGCAAGAGCAGGCCGCCUACCAACAGCUUAUGUCCAAUCCCUUACGUUUGCGCGAAAUGCAAGAGCGCGCUGGUAUCAAACCGAAGAAGGACAAGAAGGAAAAGAAACAUAAGGACAAGCACUCCAAGAAAGACAAGCACCGACACAGAGAUCAUGAGCACUCGCGUUCGCGUUCACCCGUCUCUGACCGCGGUCGUUCCCGCUCAUACGAUGAGAGGCCUUCCAGGUCGAGACGCUCACCGAGCCCUAACAGCCGACGUUCCCGUUCUCCGCCUCCCAAGCGGCGUUACAGCGACGAGUACCGGGGCCGCAGUCGCAGCCCCGACGAUCGCCAUCGUCGGCCUAGUCCAAGCUAUGAGACGGGUCGCGAGGAUCGCAUCCGUACUUGGCCGCGCUCAGAUGAAUCGGAUGACAAUGGCCACCAUUCUCGUCGGGACCGGAGUUACGAGCGUCGGCCAGAUGACCGGAAACGGGGGCGCAGCCGUAGCCGUAGCCCUCCCCGCCACGACCGUCCUGAUUAUAAGAGGUCGAGGAGGACUCCCCCUCCGUCCCGAGACUCUCGCCCUGCUGAAUCAUCAAGAUCGGGCUACUCUGCCGAGGAACGCGCAGCUCGUCUGGCAGCAAUGUCUUCGAACGCGCAGAGCAUGACAGUCGAGCGCAAGGAACGGCUCACCACUCUUCUGGAACAGGAGAAAGCGGAGGCAGAAGCAGAGGAAAGGCUACGCUCGAAGUCGAAGGGCAUGGCUGGUUUCCUCAGUUCAGAGCAGAAGAGGGUAUUUGGCGGUCAGGGUGGCUUGGAAGAGAGGAUCAAGCGAGGGCGUGGUGGCUUGGUCGCUGAGAGGGACUGA